CUCCUCCGCCUCUGUUCCUGUCGGCGGGUUCCCGGCUCGCCCGGCCCGGAAAGUGCUGCCGUGAGCCCUGUGCUGAGAGCGUGCCGUGUCCUCCGGUUUCUCACUCGUGAUUUGGUUUCGCCUAGGCUCCGUGUGUGUUACAUUCUCAACCCGUUCCCUGCCCGUGAUUGCAUUAUCAAAAGAGAGUGAAUGAGAUGGAAGAUUUUCGAGGUAUAACAGAGGAGUCGUUUCCAAGCUUUUUAACCAGUUCAUUCCUUAAUAAUAGUGGGAUUUUGGAAAAUGUCACUCUUUCUUCAAAUCUUGGCUUGCCUGUUGCUGUUUCCACACUUGCUAGAAAUAGAUCCAGCACUGAAAACAGGUGUUCUGAUAUCCAGGCAUCUUACUUAGUAGAAAGGAGAUUUUCUGUUCCAUCUGAAUCAUCUCACAGUAGCCAAAGUGAUGCUGAACCAAAAGAGAGGUUACAACUUAGAUUCCAAGAUGAUGAGAAAAAGAAUCAGAUGGAAACUCAGCAUCUGUCAGUUGCUCUAAUCAAAGAGUCCGCUUCUCAGAGUGAUGCAGCACGAGUAGAAGGGAAGCAAGCUGCAGCCAUGCCGUCAUUUCAGGGCCAAGGGGGUCUCGAUGGGGCUUCAUCAUGGGAACAAGUGCAAGGCUCACCUAUUGAUUUCUGUGUACAAUCAUGGAUGAAUAAUAAGGACCAUGAGAUUAUUAUAACCAAAGAAGAAAAGACUCCCAACAGUGACUUCAGCCGUACUGUCUUACUGGAAAAUGAGAAGCUUAUGUCGUUGGCAAGCUUCGAAGAUUCUUCUGAUGAUGAUAUUGAUGAUGAAGAAUUUUAUGAUGAUCACUUGGAAGCUUAUUUUGAACAACUGGCAAUUCCAGGGAUGAUAUAUGAAGACCUAGAAGGACAGGAACCUUCAGAGAAAGAUUUUCAGUUACCUACGAGUAAUCCUAGUCAGGCAAAUGAAAACAGUACCCUAAAAGCUAACUCUCGAUCAGAAAACAGCAGCUCUCUGACUUCCCUUGGCUUUCAUGCUGUGGGUAGUGCUGAAAUGAAUCGUGAGGGGUCUGAGGAAAGCCAUGCUGUUUGUCCACCUGGGACCAAUAAUUCUGUAGGUACUGAAGAUAACAGAAGGCAUGUAGAUGGCGUGUUACCAUUUUCCUCUAGUACUUUGAGAAUUGAAAAAGAGACAGGAAGGGCAGAAAGCUUGGAGGGUAUUGCUCCAGAUCACAGCAGAGUGGCAGAGUCUCCUCAUCAAAACAGGCAUUUGGCGUCAGGUUCAGAAGCAGUUUUGCACCUGGAUGGAUGUUUAGACACUGAGAUUCCUGAAGCGACCAUUCAAAAAAAAGUGGAUGUGGCAUCUUUGAAGCCUGUGAAUGACAAUAGAAUUAAUUCCACUGAUGUUCUUCGAUCACCGACUAGUGAAAGGCGAGCAUGUGUCUGUUACGAGUCCGUUGGAAAGAAUAAAGACCAAAUGGAUUUGCCACAAGGUGUGGUCUAUCAAAAUGAAGAGGGCAAAUGGGUAACUGAUCUGGCCUAUUAUACAUCUUUUAAUAAAGAAGAAAAUUUAAAUAUGUCCCUAACCAAUGAGAUGAAUGAAGACUUCAGAACUGGUUCUGAAGCAUUGGCUAUGAUUGAGCGAGAUGAAGAAGAAUUUAAUAAAGAGCAUCAGUUUAUACAGGAAGAAAACAUUGAUGGCCGAAACACUUCGGAUGAACUUGGAGAUACAUCCUGGGGAAUUUCAGUUAAUUACAAUCUGUUAAGGAAAUCACUUAGCACAUCAGAUUUGGACAAAAAUGAUGCCAGUUAUUUACGUCUAUCUUUAGGAGAGUUCUUUGCUCAGAGAUCUGAAGCUCUUGGUUGCCUUGGUGGUGAUAACAAUGUGAAAAGACCAUCAUUUGGUUAUUUUAUAAGAUCACCGGAGAAGAGAGAACCUGUUGCUUUAAUAAGAAAAUCUGAUGUCUCAAGAAGCGACUUGGAAAAAGAAACGGGUCAUCUUAACCAUGAUCUAGUUUCAGGAGAUUUAAAUGAGCAAUCUAAGACACAGCUCAGUGAAGGAUCAGUUACACUUCAGUUUGAAGGACUAGAGAAUACUUCAGAAGUGGAUGAAAAUGAUGUGACACUAAUUGCUGAUAAAGGCAAAAUAGAGGCCUCUGUCUUCACGAACAGCAAACCCAGAAGGCACAAAGACGAGUUCCUUGAUAAUGGUGAUUCAGUGCUUAGGAUAAGCACCAUUGCCUCGGCCAUCGCAAAUGCAUCAGUUAACACCGAUCCGUCCCAGCUCGCUGCCAUGAUAAAGGCCCUUUCAAAUAAAGCCAGAGAUAAGACUUUUCAGGAAGAUGAGAAGCAAAAAGACUGUUCCAUUGCGCCUCAUUUCUUACCUUAUGAUUUAGAAAAAAGUAGUGAAUCCAAUGCAUUUGAUAUGGAGAAAUACCUUAAAAAAACAGAAGUUAGUAGAUGUGAAGGUGGAUUGGAAAACUUUUCAAGAGGUGGUGUGUCUGAUAUUUGGGAUUUAUCUUUGUCAAAAGAACAAACCCCACAGGCUUUCCACACAGGGGAUUUAGGUGCUACCAACAUAAGCGUAAGGGAACCAGAAGAAAAAACAGCAGCUAUUUUUUAUAGCGAAAAUGGACAGAAUGAGAACCAGGAAUCAUUCAGAAUUCAAAACUCUUCAAAUCUUUCAACUAUAAGAGAAGAUGAGAAUGUGGUUGGUGAUGUGGUGACAUGUUCUACUGAUACUAAAUUACCAGAUGUUAGUAAUGGCGAAAAGCCUACAUCACAUUCCACUCCAGCACCUGAUGGUUAUCCAUUAGUAAGGAACUCCAAAAUAACACCUGUUUGGCUGUUAGAAGAUUGUGAACAAAUACAAAUUAAUAGUGAAGAUCAGAGGCAAAAUGAGUAUGUUAUUGAAUCAAGCAGCAGUGAAAAGCACGUGACUUUUGAUAAACAUUCCAUAAUCUCACCUGAAGAUGUGGAUUUGAAAGAUACUUCUCCUGAGCAAGGCGAUCACGGCUCAGAGGAUGGCCAGGACAGCUUCAGACCGUCAACCUCGCCACUGAGUCAUUCUUCUCCUAGUGAGGUUUCUGGAACAAGUUCAUCAGGGUUUGCUUUAGAGUCUUUGGGUUCAGCAAGUUGUCAUCUGAAGCCCCCUUGUGAGAGUGCGCUGUCUCAGUUGGUGUGUGCACGUGCCAGUAUGAGCAGGCUGACUUACAUGCCUGAGUGCGAGAGCACUUACCCCACCUCAGCAUCGGAUGGUGGCCUUGAGGACCACAAGAGUGAUAUCACCAGUGAGUUGAGCACCACAAUUAUUCAAGCCAGUCCAACUCCAUCGGAGGAACAGACUCUGCAAAAGUUGAAAGAAAAAGUUCCAUUUCAAAGUAAAGAAAAAGGGACAUUAUCAUAUGUAAUUCAGAAUGACUUGGAUAAGAAAAAAGUGACUGAAACUACUUAUCUGACUAGCAAAACUGAAGAUGUAAAACCUAACGUUAGAUUGUGCAAAGAUCCUUCCUCUAAGAAGGGAGAUCUAUUUGAAACUAAUCUGAUAGGCUUGGCACAACAUCCUAAGGAAUCAGACCAGAUCCAUGCAGCUUUACUGAACAAGUCAUGUCUUGGCAAUCAGGCUUUGUCAGUGCCUGCAGACGUCCCUGUAUCAAGCCAGGCGUCUGUAGACAAAGGUCCGAGAAUAACUCCUCAAGAUAUGUUAACUGGCCACAGAAACUCCAGCGGCCAGGAUCCUAAUCAGAUGGCUUCUGGUACCCAGUACCCCCCUGUUCCCAGUUUUCCGGUUGACAGCACUGCUCCUGAGAUGCAGAGCUUGCCUGCUGCAGGUCCUGCACUCCUGGCUCGACAGUCCCUGGCCACAGCUGCUUUUGUCCCGCAUUAUUUGGGAGCUCUCCCUUCAGCCGGAAAUGUGGCUUUGCCUCAGUGCCACGUGGGCAGGGCUGCAGUCUGUGGCUUCUCGGGUGCCUGUCCUUACCCGGCCAUUUCCGGAGAGCAGGUCCCGAGUUCCGUGGCUGUGGGACUUUGUCUGGGACAAAAUGUCACCUCUGGAUUGGUGGGCACCUCCUCCCUUUGUGACCCAUAUGCAGAUGCCUUAAAUCAGAACCUCUUUGGUACAGCAAAACCUUUUCCCAUGCAAUCUGUUGGUACAAGUUGUGCAGUUGAACCAUGGGAUGCAGGAAUGAUGUCAAGAUCUGGGAGUGUAAGAGUGCCUGAGGAGCUGAAGUUUCCUCAUGCGUGCUGUGUGGGUAUUGCUUCACAAACCCACCUUCCUCUGCUUAAUCCAACUGACCACUGGUUGCAGGUCAGCGUUGGGGUUCUCAGUGUUAGUGUGGAUGGUGAAAAGGUGGAUCUUUCGACGUAUCCUUGUUUAGUUUUCAAGAAUAAAGUCAUCGUAAGACCUCAUACCACAGAGGAGAUAAAAGUGCUUUUUAUACCAUCCAGUCCUGGAAUUUUCAGAUGUAUAUUCAGUGUUGCUUCUUGGCCCUUUUCAGCAGAUGUUGAGACAAUUGUCCAGGCGGAAGCCCUGGCAAGCAGAGUUAUCCUCACGGCUAUUGCCGAGAGCCCUGUUAUCGAGGUAGAAACCGAAAAAGAAGAUGUUCUUGAUUUUGGUGACUUGACUUAUGGAAGCUGGAAAGCUCUCCCAUUAAAACUGAUGAACAGGACACAUGCCACUGUGCCUGUCAGACUUAUUAUUAAUGCUAACGUGAUAGCCUGGCGCUGCUUCACGUUCUCCAGGAAACCAGUUGAUGCCUCUAUGAGAGCCGCCCCCUACGCCGAUGUGGUUGCUCAGCUAGCAGCCCCUUCUGUUAUCAACCAGGUGAUGCGGGCCAGCUGUGAUGGACAGGACCCAGAAUUUCUGAUAGUUUGGGUUCUUUUCCAUAGUCCAAGGAAACGGAUUUCUUCUUCAGAGAUUCUGGACUCAGCAGAAGAAUUCUUGGCAAGGGUUGAUAUAGAAGUUGAUAGCCCAAACCCUACUCCAGUUAUUAAAAGUGUGUGUCUUCGAGCAAGAGCAGGAAUAGCUAGGAUACAUGCUCCAAAAGACCUACAGACUAUGCAUUUGUUUGCCUGUAUGGGUUCCUCAACAAAGCAGCACUUACCUUUAAAAAAUGCUGGGAAUAUUGAAGUUUAUUUGGAUAACAAGAUCCCAGGUCAAGGAAGUCACUUUUCAGUGGAUCCAGAGAAUCUAUUCCUUAAACCUGGAGAAGAACAUGAAGUUAUAGUUUCAUUUACUCCAAAGAAUCCCAAAGCCUGUGAGGAAAGGAUCUUGAAAAUAUUUGUGCUACCAUUUGGUCCUCAGUAUGAAGUAGUGUUAAAAGGUGAAGUAAUUUCUUCAGAAAAUAAACCUCUGGCCACUGGGUCUUGCUCAGACGUUCCAUCCAUUUUGUCCAAUCGGCAGUUUCUGGCGUGGGGAGGUGUUCCCCUUGGUAGAGCACACCUUCAGAAACUAGUUCUAAGGAAUAAUUCUGCAUCUGUAACGCAACAUUUACGACUGCUUAUCAGAGGACAGGAUCAGGACUGCUUUCAGCUUCAGAAUACUUUUGGUUCAGAAGAGCGAUUGACUAGUAACUGCGAGAUCAGAAUUCAUCCAAAAGAAGACAUUAACAUCUGCAUAUUAUUUGCACCCACUCGGCUGUCUUGUAUGUUGGCUAAACUAGAAAUUAAACAACUCGGAAUUCGAUCCCAACCAGGCAUUAAGUUUACGAUACCUUUAUCUGGAUAUGGAGGAACAAGUAAUCUUAUUUUGGAAGAUGUUAAAAAAUUAUCUGACAGUUACAUGGUAAUGGUGAAUGGCUUAAUACCUGGUAAAGAAAGUAGAAUUGUUUUUUCUGUUCGAAACACUGGCUCUCGAGCAGCUUUCGUUAAAGCAGUAUGUUUUAAGGAUUCCCAGAAAAGAGCUUUACUGGAUCCUAAAGUGAUGAGGAUUUUUCCAGAUAAAUUUGUGCUCAAGGAAAGAACACAAGAAAAUGUUACUAUAAUAUAUAAUCCAUCAGACAGAGAGAGCAGUUGUAAAACUGCAACAGAACUGUCAACUGUAUAUUUCUUUGGUGGAGAUGAAAUUUUAAGACAACAGUAUCGAAGAGCCCUGUUGCCUAAUCCAGGGAUUAUAGAGCAGAUACUUCCAGAAUACAGUCUGCUGCAGAGCAUUAAUUUUGCUGAAACAUUUCAAGAUGAACUACUAGUAACUGAAGUAUAUGAUCUCCCCCAACAACCUAAUGAUGUUCAGCUCUUCUAUGGAAGCAUGCGUAAAAUCAUACUUUCAAUAAUUGGAGAAUUCAGAGAUUGCGUUUCUAGCAGAGAGCCUUCUUCCAGAACUAGCUUGGAAUUGACAAGAGACUCUGGACCUUCUGAAAAACACAGUGGCAAUGUCUCUUUGGAUGUUCUGCCAGUUAAAGGUCCUCAGGGUUCUCCGCUUGCUUCUCAAGCUAGUCCCCCAGCUCAGGAUAAAUCGGCCUCUGAAGAAACAUGGACUGUCCACCCGGGACACCUGAUUCUGCUCGCUCCUGCUUCUUGUGAAAUGGCAAAAACCGGACGUUUCCGUAUUUUAAAUAAUUCUGUCACGUCACUGAAAUUUGAACUGUACUGGCCGGCACAUUGCCUUACAGUGACACCGCAGCAUGGAGUUAUUGCACCAGAGAGUAAACUGCAAAUUCUUGUGAGUCCUAAUUCCUCCCUGUCCACAAAAUAUUCAACAAUCCCAUGGAGUGGUUUGAUCUAUAUACACUGUGACAAUGGACAGAAGAAAAUUGUAAAAGUUCAAAUUCGAGAAGACUUGACCCCAGAAGAACUUCCUUUCACAAAACAUGUGGCCUCCAGCCCAUUCAGAGUCCUUCCCCCAGGGUCUGAGCUUUCCUUCAGUCAUUUGCUAAAACCAGUGACAAAGCCACCUUCCACAAAAGUUGAAAUAAGAAACAAGAACAUUACUUUUCCCACAACAGAACCUGGUGAAACUUCAGAAAAUUAUCUAGAACUUGAGAAUCAUGGCAACACAGAAGUAAAGUGGCAUUUGUCAUCUUUAGCGCCACCCUAUGUCAAGGGAGUUGACCAAAGUGGAGAUGUUUUUAGAGCUACCUAUGCAGCAUUCAGAUGUUCUCCUAUUUCUGGUGUUCUGAAAAGCCAUGGAAUCCAGAAGGUCUCUAUCACAUUCUUGCCCAGAGAUAGAGGGAAUUAUGCCCAGUUUUGGGAUGUUGAGUGUCACCCCCUUAAAGAGCCUCACGUGAAGCACACAUUGAGGUUUCAGCUUUCUGGACAAAGUGUCAAGGCAGAAAAGGAGCCUGAAAAUGCAUGUAUUUCCACAGAUACCCUCAUUAAAAUAGAUGAUUUGGUUAAGCCCCGAAGAGAAGUUCUAUCAGAGUCGUCUGCUCUCUUACCUGGGCAGGUUGACUUGUCGCACCGUGGAGUUUAUGCCCCAGAAGAUGUAUAUAUGUUUUUGCCGACUAGAGUUGGGGAAUCAAGGACACUGAAAAUCAAUUUGCGAAAUAAUUCUUUUAUCACCCACUCACUGAAGUUUUUAAGUCCCAGAGAGCCUUUCUACGUCAAACAUUCAAAAUAUUCCUUGAGAGCCCAGCACUACAUCAACAUGCCUGUGCAGUUCAAGCCAAAGUCGGUGGGCAGAUUCGAAGCUCUGCUGGUUAUUCAAACAGAUGAAGGCAAGAGUGUUGCUAUUCGACUAAUUGGUGAAGCUCUUGAAAAAAAUUAACUGGACUACAUUUUGUGUAAAGUAAAUUACUUAAGUUAUAUUUUGGUAACUUCAUUUUUCUACACUACAAUUAUGCUUUUGUAUAUAUUUUGUAUGAUAACUUUGAUAUGUUUAACUGUAGAUUUGUUUUGUUUUGUUUUGCUUUGAGAAGCCAGUACCAAAGACCUGACUAAACUAUCAUGUAUUCAACCUAUGUAGUAUUAUCCUUAAUUUUUACAAGGGAGAAAAUAGUUCUAUUUUUGCAUUGAUUAUGAUAUUCUGAAUAAAUAUGACCUUUAUUUUAAUGUGGUAAACCCAGAAAUAAACUUAAUUCUUCAUUGAA